AUCAGACCCUCCUAAUAACUUCCCCUCCAUCAUCUUGAAUUUGUGUCUUUUUCUACAUUCAAACAACUUCCGAAGUCUACGCAACGCAACAAUGCCUUUUGGGAUGGGAAAGAAAGAUAAGGAGGCCGAAGAGAAGGCCUCCCGCUCGUCAUUGUUCUCACGCUCCAAGGGCAAGGACAAGGCAGCAGCUCCCGCAGCAAACCCCUACGCCGUUCAAUCCACUCCCGACCCAUAUGGCGCCAAACCUUCGAACUCGGGUGCACCACCCGCUUACGACAACCGCUCUGGUCCCUCAGCAAUGCCCGAGAAGUCACCUGUACCGCCCGGUGGUUAUGGUGGUAGCACUCCCCGUUUCGGCGGCACUGGCAACUAUGCACAGCAAUCUGGAUAUGGCAGCAAUCCCUAUGGUAGCGAACAACCACAAUCUUCCCGAGCUGGUGGAUACGGUGGUCUUGGACGACGAGCCAGUCAAGAGACUGUGAGCACCGACGUCAAGAAGGCUGCUCUCUUCGGUGAUGCUCCUCAAAGACAACAGCAGCAACAAGUUCAGGCCGAUCAAGCCGCUCAGGACCCUUCCGCCGAUAACAGCUAUGCGAAUAGCAACAUGCCUGGUGGCUAUGGUGGUAGCUCCAGUGAACUAUAUGGCCAGCCCGACCGCUACCUUACAGCAGAAGAGCAAGAAGAGGAGGAUGUCAAGGCUUCGAAAGACGAGAUCAAGUUCAUCAAGCAGCAAGAUGUCUCUUCCACCCGCAAUGCCCGCCGCAUUGCCGAACAAGCAGAAGCCACAGGUCGCGAGACACUAGCCCGACUGGCUGGUCAAGGUGACCGCAUCCAUAACACCGAGCGUAACCUCGACAUGGCAUCACAUCAAAAUAGACUGGCCGAGGAAAAGGCACGCGAGCUCAAGACAUUGAACAGAAGCAUGUUUGCCAUGCACGUCGCCAACCCUUUCACAGCCAAGAAACGCGAGGAAGCCGCCAACGCCAUCGCACUUGAGAAGCAUCGUGUGGAAAGAGAGCGUGCAGACGACACAAGAUCGAAUGCCUACUCCACCACACAACGUCACGCUGGCCAAGAGAGGAAUAUGCGCGGCGGCAAGACACACGACAAAGCAACUCUAGCCAAUAGAGCCAAGUAUCAAUUUGAAGCCGACAGCGAAGACGAGGCUAUGGAAGGCGAGAUCGAGGAGAAUUUGGAUGUCAUUCACAGAAGUGCAAAGACAUUGCAUGCAUUGGGUAACGCUAUGGGCGAUGAGCUCGAUGAGCAAAACAAGCACAUCAACCGUAUCAUUGGAAAGACCGAGACUGUCGAUGACGAGAUUGCAAUGAACAGGAUCAAGCUCAACAGAAUCAGAUAGAGCAGGUACCAUCCUGUAUCUCGUCGUGUCGCUUGAUUCCAAGGCGUUUGUGGAUGGGAAAGGUCCAUACUGGGGUUAUUAGAUAGGUAAUUGUGCAAAGAAUGGAAUAGCAUUGGAUGGCGGUGCUCGUGUUACAACAUGUCUACAAAACCCUCUUGUGUAAGAUCAUAUUUGAGUCAGUGUCAAACUCAUGAAACUGCUUCUGUAUGACCAAAAAGUUAUCAGCACCUUGACGCGACUAGGUUUAGUUGUGUCCGUCGAAAAACUCAAACAUGGCGAGUGGUUUCGUCAAGCUCUGACUUGCUGGACUAAUGGACAAGACGUGUAGCACGAGUUGGAAGAAGACGACAGAGCUUUUCGAAUUUCUCUAAUUGUU